UAACACACAAUAGUAGUAGCCAGUUAGCAAGCUAGUUUCAUUGAAAAACACUCGGCUUCGAAUUUCUGCAAAACCAUGAAAAUGAUCGCAACUCUCUUCUUUGUCUUUGCUUUCGCUUCACCAGCUUUUGGUGGUUUGUUCAGUAAAUGUCCAACUCCUCCAACUGCCCCUGCUGGUGCAGAUAUUGCCAAGAUUGCUGGUCGAUGGUAUGAGAUUGCUCGACCAACCAAAGCCUCUGAAAACGGUUUAACAUGUGUUACAUGCGAUGUCACUCCUCGAAAAGACGGAAACUUCAACAUUACCAACCUGGGAACUAAACCUGAUGGUUCAAAGGCUGGUGAAUAUGGUUUAGCCAAACGUACCAGUAGUCAAGUUUUACUCAACAUCUACUCAUUGACAGUCAAGCUUCCAUUCCCAAUCGGUUUCAACAUAGCGUAUACUGAUUACGACAACUAUCUGGUUGCAUACACUUGUCUCGGUAUUCCUCCCAUCUACACCGUUAAACACGGUUGGAUUUUGUCCAGGAAUAACACCAUCAGUGCUGACAAGCUUACCGAACUGACCGAUUUGUUGUUCACUAAGUAUGGAGUUUCACGCGAUGAGACUGAAUUCACAACCCAAAAGGACUGUAAAUACUGGCCAGUACCACAAUAAAUCGCAUUGAGAGUCAAAUAAUUGUAACGUUGUAAUGAAUGAUCGACUCAAGAACCUAAUUUAAACGAAUGAAUGAUAAAUAUCAUGAUUCUAACAAUAGGCAAAUGCAAAUCGUUACAUCGUUAAAUCAUCGUUACAAAUUGAAACAGUACUAAUAAACUGCUAAUGUUGCACAGUAAUCAUAUUUUAA